AUGACUGGGAGAUGGAGGCUAACGGUGCGCGACACCAACAACGACCGCCUAAUUUACGAGGUAUUUGAUGGGGUAAUGGUGUGCACCGGACAUAACAACAAGCCAUCAAUGCCUACGUACGAGAAUCAACACAUAUUUAAGGGACUUCUCAUGCAUUCACACGCUUUCAAAGAUAACACGGCGUUUGCGGGCAAAAGGGUAGUCGUGGUGGGCAUCGGUGGCUCCGGUUGUGAUGCUACUGUCGAGUUGUCUAAUGUGUGUCCAAUUGUUCACCUAUCGACUCGCACCGGGAGUUGGGUCACUCACCGGGUUGGCCAUAAGGGCAAACCGUUUGACGCGGUUAUGGUAACAAGGUUCUUUAAUACCAUGUUCAAUGUGUCACCCUUAAGACUCGCAAAUGCUGCGGUCGAGUGGUAUUUGAAUAUGCGAUUUGACCACAAGUUGUAUGGACUCAAACCGAAACACCGGUUUCUUUCCAAACAAAUCUUAGUUAACGAGGAUUUGCCCAAAAAGAUAAUGACUGGCUCUGUGGUCAUCAAAGGGGACAUCCAGGAGUUCACUGAGCAUGGAGUGAUAUUUACGGGAGAAGCCGAUGAAACCCUAUGCGAUGCCGUCGUAUUCGCCACCGGAUAUCAGUUAUCGUAUCCAUUUCUGUCGGAAUCCGUGAUAUCCACCCAGAAAUCAGAUUUCCAUUUAUAUAAACACAUAUUUCCCACCACCCUGACACACCCACAUACCCUGGCAUUUAUUGGCAUUAUAGUACCUACGGGUGCUGUGCUACCCAUAGCUGAGCUCCAGUCCCGUUAUUUCGCGCUAGUAAUGGCUAAUAAGUGCCAAAUGGCGACACAAAAGCAGAUGAUCCGGGAUAUUAAGCGGCGAAAGAAAUGGCUUAAACAGCACUUCCCCGACUGGCAAAAGCAUGCGUUGGAAGUGUAUUACAUUAAAUACAUGGACGAGUUGGCCGGCCUUAUGGGCGUCAAACCAAAUCUAUGCAAAUAUUUCGUUACUGACCCCAAGCUAUGGUUUCACAUGUAUUUCGGUCCUUACGUUCCCUAUCAGUACAGGUUGACGGGUCCAAAUUCGUGGCCUAAGGCCAGAGAGGCUAUACUUACCGUUAAUGAGAGAAUUAAAGCGCCAUUUAAAACAAGAAAUAAAUAA